CCGAUGCAUUAUGGUGUAUACCUUGCCUACCGUCUGCUCAUCGCUCUCUAUAUGUUUGGAUAUUUCCUUUAUGUCUUCAUCGUGUUCGUUCGACCUGGUGGCAUCUACGGAGGAUACUUCUUCAUAUACCUGACUAACUUGGGAUAUAUUCUCAUGCUAGUCUAUCUGUUUUGUGCUUUAUGGAACGUCAUCGUAUAUGCCGCCUCCAUGAAACCAGCAGGGUGGACACCAGGCGAUGACAUCCCUUGGUAUUUCUUUCACCGUGGCCAGUGGUUUUUAUUCAACAUUUACGCCUCAGUCGCCAUUCUGCUAUCACUGCUUUACUGGGGCGCCCUCUACACUCCUGGAACGGUCGAUAUCUAUUACGAUAUCAACUUCCAUUUCCUCAACGGGUUCAUCGCCCUGUUCGAGAUCUUCUUCUCAGCGAUGGUCAUCCACAUUCUCCACUUCGUAUACCCUUUCUUGUUUGCCGUCGCUUACAUUGUCUUCGUGGCGAUAUACUAUGGGGCAAUGGGUACGGACGAGAAGGGAAACCCCUACAUCUAUCCCAUCCUCGACUUCGGGCAAGCCCCAGCUCUCUCGGCAGGACUCUGUGUCGGGGCCAUUGUUGGCGUCGUCCUUGUUCAUAUAUUGAUCCUUUGGGGUUUCCAUAAGCUGAAAAUCUUGAUAUUUGAUUCUUGCUGCCCAUCAUGUUUCCCUGAUGAAGAUAAUGAAAUUAGGGAGGAUGGAAACGAAGCCCAUGAACUGAAAGCUGAUGCCGCUGUUUAAUAUUUUAUUGAUAAACCCCAAACCAUGCAUGCAAACACUUACUGUCAUGCUGCAAGAUAUCGCUAUUUUUGGACAGUCCUAGCAAUUCCCUUAAUUUUGGGCGUAACACGUGUUCGUCAAAAAGAGCGAAUUUUAAGUCGUCCCAAUAGCUUUGUUUUAAAUUUCGGGAGUUCUGAAGGCAUGUGAAAGUGCAGCAUGCCCAUAUCAAAACCAAAAGUACACUCUAAAAAUUAUUGCGUAAGAGUGCUCCAUGGGCAGAUGGGGGUAAUUAUUUGUCCAACCGGCAAUUCUUUUGGACAUUCUUCAUGAUGAAAAUUUUGCCCAUUCUAAAGUAAUUGCUGCUUAUUUAUUAACCUUACAGAACAAUAUGCUUCCUGCAUUAGGUGAAAUACUGCCCCAAAUUGGUUGGACACAUAACUACCCUCGUGGUGGCAAAAAAUUUACCAAAUAUUUUUUACAGUGUAUACACAGUCGGACUAGCCUCUAGGGUUUGUAGGCAUUUCUAUAAAUUUUACUUAUGAAUUUAUAUGAAUUAAAAAAAAAGAGAUUGACAGGUGUUACAUUUAUAAUUUUGGAUCAUGGUCAAAUAUUUAACCGGUUUAUAGGAGAAUAGACUAAUAACUUGUGGACCAGAUUAAUACCUUGUCUCUUAAAUACUAUACCCUUGUCAAUCUUGAUUUAUUAAUCCGAUAUGAUGUAUCAGGUAUGGUUAUAAGAAAAUGUUCACAUAGACUGCACGUAUAACAUUUGGUACUUUGUUGGUGACGAAAUAGGCAAGGCCCGCGAUGGGAACAAAGUUGUUGCGCUUAAACAACCUUCCAAUGCUCCAACUUCUCGAUCCUGACUAUAUAUAUUAUGAAAUAAUUGGAACGCUUUAUUAUACCUAGAGCCCGAAAUGGAUCUAGUUCUAGGCGUUGUGGUGUGCGCUUGUAAUCCAUGCUAAGUGGGUGAAGUUACAUGUUGAUGCAGAGGUUCGAGCCCUGGUCACGCCUUUCGGAUGGUGACGUUAAAGGUCGGUCCCAGACAUACAUAAUCAUUAUGAUUAAUAUUCGUCUGACAAAACUCAAUGGCACAUUCCCACACACACACACACCAUGUCGUGCCCAGGACAUGAUAGAUUGGUCUUUUUAUAGACGAAAUCGUGUUUCGCCCGAAAAGAGGAAUUGCUUGCACUAAUUGAUUUGGGUUCAUUACAUGCAUGAGAGGGGUUUAGCCUAUAGAAGAGUAUGUAAGACGGUCGUUUAUAAUACGAGGAUUUAAUUUUUUUAAAGAUUUUUUAUAUUGCAAUUACAAAACAAAUUGAAUUAAUUGAACCUAAUCAUGUGAGCUUCUAUAUGAUUCUAAAACGGAAAAGACUGCAGUGAAACAUGAGGGCAUAUCGGCCAAAUAAUCUUUAAAGGAAACUCGACAUUAUGGUCUGAAAAAACUUACCCUUAGGUCGAAUAAGAAGUCACUAGGCUGUAGCUCAAUGAAAAACAAAAAACAAACGAAACAGUUUGUUAAUGAUGGAGGUGAUGGGAUGAACUAUAGUAUUUCCGAUUUGGUAUUAUUGGUAUAUAUUCAUCAGCGAUGAGAAAUAGUCUUAUACUGGCAUGAAUUUGAUAGAUAUCUAAUAUUGAUUAUAUGCUAUACAUUUAUGAGAAAAUAUUGAACUGAAGAAAGAGCGAUUUUGAUUUAUUUAUAAGAGUUGUAAUCGUUUUAUGCUGCAUCAACAGCUGAAAUUUAAGACACUUAAUGAAUAACGUUUACCACCUCCAUCGGUGUUCAAAUCAGAUGUGUUCUUUUAAAAGCACUUUUUUCUUUAAGACUCCUUGCCACGACCUGACCAAGAAAUCUUUUUUUUUUUAACUGCCAUGAAAUCGUAGUCUAUUACGAAGCUUAUAUCAUGUCAAUUGUCUUGUAUAAAUGUCAAUUUUGCUGUUAAACAUUGGUAACAUAACUUGCACAUUCAUUGGAAAACACUUACUUUCCAUUUUCUUGCAGGCUUAAUACAUAUUAUAAGUAUUUAUCGAUGGACCAUUAUUCUAGUUGAAUAAAAUAACAAGUUAUUUUAUAAAAUCUUA